UCCUCGAGCCACCAGCCAACUGUGGCCGUGCCCAAGCAAGGAGGAGAGGACACGCUCGGCUCCGCCCAUAUUCUCGUCGCCAACCGCCACGCUCUAUUGCAUCCCGGCGUCACCGUCCACGGCCUGAUCCCUAGUCGCUGCUCUGCCGUACCCCGCUUCCACGCAUUCUCGUGCAUCCUCGGUUGCCGAUCUCAUCCAAAUCCGAGGAGAGGAGCAUCGCUGCCCUCCACGCUCCAUCGCCUGGCCGUUACCGCGUUCCACGUGACACGUCACCGCGGAAACAGAUAACAACCUGCAACCCACCCCUCCCCCCCCCACCUCACGAAGGAGCCGGCAACCAGUAACAGGUUAUCGGACUGGUUGUGCCCAUUAACCCAAAUCCAUUCGGAAAAGAAGGAAGCGCACGUGACCCGUAAGUCACGCAUGUGCCAUCCCUUCAUCGUUUCCCCCUUUCCCUUCUUCCUCCAUGUUCUUCCUGACACCCUCGGAGGAAUGAUGUCCGCGCAGAGGGAGCUGGAGGACCGGUUUCAGAAGGUUGGGAACCGGCUCAACUCUCCUCUGUCCGCUAUCGUUGAACUCCUCCAUCUUCUUGAUCAAACUGAGAGCUUUUUAGCAAGAGUAGAACAAUCGCCAUCUGAGUCAAUGUCCAAGGCGCUUCGUCCUGCAAUGAAGGCCCUGGUUGCUAAAGAGCUUUUAGGACAUUCAGACGCGGAUGUGAAAGUUGUCAUGGCAUUGUGGGUCAGUGAAAUCACAAGAAUAACAGCACCAGAUGCGCCAUAUGAUGAUAAUUUACUGAAGGAGGUAUUUCAAAAGAUUGUUGAAGCCUUUGAGAAAUUGGACCUUGACACUGUUGCUAAGGUCCAAUCAUGUGUUGUGAUGUUGGAUUUUGAAUGUGAUGCUCUGAUUCUUGAGAUAUUUCAUUAUUUCAUGUGUACCAUAAGGCCAAAUCAUUUAAAAAAUAUUUUUAAUUCGAUGGAGACCAUUAUGACACUUGUAUUAGAAGAGAGUGACGAUAUUCCUAGAGAGCUUCUCAUGUGCCUUCUAGAUACUGUAAAAAUUAAUAACAAAGAUGUGUCACCUAUUGCUUGCAGACUUGGGGAGAAAGUGAUGAGUAAUUGCAUAAUGAAGCUCAAACCCUAUAUGAAAGGAUUGGUAGAUGACAGCAAACAAUCUAAGAGGACUGUUUCUGAUGAGGAAGACAAUAAGUACCAGGAAAUAGACGAAGUCCCUGAAGGCGAUGAUGAAAAUCUUGACUUGGGCCAGGAGUGUAAUCACUUACAAUCAGAUGUGCAGAGUAAGGAUGAAGAAACUGCAAACAAUUCAUCAAGAAUCAUAAAUGAAACUGAGAAGGCCCCGCAAGAUUUGCCUCUUGAUCCAGUAGUAUCCACCAUUUAUCCUAUUGGGAGUGUUGAAGCAUCUAGUGGCUCCGGAAUGCCAACUCAAAAUCCAAUUGCACCUACUUUAAGCUUGCCGAAGCCAUCAUCCAUAUUCCCACCAGUCUUGCCAUCUCCAUCUACUAUUGCUACUCGGGGUGAAGUACCAGUUAAACUUCCGUUUGGUCUAUUUUCUGGUCCAUCUUUAAUACCAUCUCCUGUUCCGGCCAUUCAAAUAGGUUCUAUUCAGAUGCCAAUCCAUCUACAUAUUCAGCCUCCUGUUCCAGCUUCCUAUUCUUUGAACCAGAACCCUUCAGACUGUCUACUCAAACAAGCACCUCAUGACUCUUCUCAAGGCAACUUAGGAGAUGGAAUACCUUUUAUAGAUAACAAGCCUGGUCUCCCACAGAAGAUUCUUGAUCCUUGUCCAGAAACCUUGAAUUCCAAGCAGCCGAAUGCUUUGUGAGACUCUCCAAAGAAAGAAGUUCUAUCACCUCUGAAUCAAAUAGAUAGAUCUUCCUGGCAAGAAAGCUAAGACAAAGAAGAAAACCAAAACAGUUGUGGAGAAAUAUUGGGACUGGGAGCUCACAAAUGCAACCAAACCUAUAUGGCUUUGCAACCCUAAAGAUGUCACUAAUGAGGAGUACAAUGAGUUCUACAAGAAGGCUUUUGAUGAGUACUUGGAUCCUUUGGCCUCAUCACACUUCACCACUAAGGGUCAAGUGGAAUUCAGAUCUAUUCUUUUUGUGCCUGCUACAAGAAAGAGCACCUACUUUAAAGAUGGAGGCAUCCAGCGCUUCUUGAUUUGUUGGCGAGGACGACCAGAUUCCGACUCCACUUGGAUCAUGCGCGAGGAGCGGCAGCAGAGUGACCCGGACUUCUUGGGGUACUACCAGAGCUGCACCGAGCCGCGCUCGUCGAGGUCGACUUCUUCCCACCCAGGAGGAGCCGGUGCGGACACCAGUGCCAGGUCACCUAUCACUCGGAUCUACGGUCACCGCAGAAGGAUGGUCCAGCCAGUUUGAUUUUAUUUUGGAGUGAUUUUAUGUUAUUUGGGCUUAUUAGGGUAUUUUGUUAUUUGACGGCCUGUAAGGCUUAUUUUGGUAUUUCGUUAUUUUAAGGGUCUUUUGUGAGACUAGUUUCUUUUUACGGGUCUUUUGCAUUUUCUGAGUUUUAUAAAUAUGUUGGACCGUACAUCGUUUAGGGUUAUGCUAUGAAUAAAGUUUUGUGAUUCUCUUCUUUUAGCCUUGGUGUGAAGCCUUGAGCUAGGGCUAAGUGCGAAGCUUAGUUCUCUCCCUCUCUUCUUCCUCUUGUCUCCUUCCUCUUCUCUCUUUCACCCUCUUUUCCCCUGCUGUCCGACAUCAAAGCUACUUCAGCUGCAGCAUCAUUUUGCUACUGAACAUUAUAUAUCUCUAAGAACAGCAAGUUUGCAUUCUUCAUUUUUUUGAAUAGUUCACACUUGAGCAAUAAAUAAGCAGUCCUUGGGCACCUUGAUAAUAUGUAGGAAUGGUUCUCUUGGAUUUGAGUAGUUGAGUAGUACUGCCUAUAUAAUUGAGUUUACUGUAUACAGCAUGUAAAACACUAUUGACGAAGUAGCCUCCAUUCUGAGAUCCCUGGUUUUUAGUCUCAUUUUAAUGAUGACAUGUAAGGCGGUUUCUCAUGUUGUUUUCAAAAACAUAAAAUAAUAAAAUAAAAUAAAGAUAAUGAUAUGUGUCGUGUUUUUUUAUUUAAUAAUAUUGGAACUGUCCAUAUACAUGCUUACAUACAUCAUCCAAAAAAAUCACAAUAUUUAUUAAACAAAAAAAGGAUUUCCAUUUAUCCACUCUUGGAUUCUCUAUUUAUCAUUAUUUUAAAUGUAAAUACUAACUUCCAUUCAUGUAAUCAAUGUGUCUAUAAGAAGAGUUCAUAUGAAAAAAUAAAUUCAAGCAUAUAAAGAAUAUGUCAAGAAACAAUAAGGGCAUGAAAAGAUGCAGUUACGAAGCUGCAAAUAUGCAUCCACAGCCAGAGUAAAUCUCAACCAGGGUUGCUAGACUGAUUGGAUAAAUUGCAUUAGAACCAUUUUAAUUAACUCUUCGGACAUCAUGUGAGAAAUCAAUUGCAUUCACACCCUUCCUAAUUUUCUAUUUCCCCUCUCCUUACUUAUUGAACCUUUUCUUUCUUAGAAGACAUCAUUGUGGGUCAGCCUAACAUUUUCAUUUUAAAUUUGUAAUCAAACAAUAUAACUGAAAAAAGUAAAGGAAUUUGACAUCAUAAGUAUUAUAAUCAGCAUGAUAUAUAUAUAUAUAUAUAGACAAAUCAAGAAAUAAGAAAAUAUAAUUGUAGACAAUUUUCAUAAUAGCCACAGACAUAAAUGAAUGCCCAUCAUGAUAGCUUAUUACACAACAAGCUAGGAGAGUACAGCAUGCCAAGAAUAAAUUACUCUCCAAAUACAAUAUAAGUAGAGAAAUAAUUUUUUUUAAUCGGAAUGACAAGGGAAAAAAAAUUAAACAUUAUCCACUUUUUUGGUUAUGUGAUAUACAUUAUAAUUCUCUGGUUACUUGACACAUGAUGGAAACACUGGCUAAUUCCAGUGUAUAGAUUAGUCCACCAUAUCAGCUCAUGAAAACAUAUGGUGAAAUUCAUAAUGAAGUCUGAGUUAAGUAGUUGUCCUGUUAGAUAAAACAGAACAAACCACAACAAACUUGAGAAUAAGAAAUUAAAAUCUGCAUUAAGAAAAUGUAACAAACAGGAAAGCAACAAAGGUGCAACCGUAGGCUGCAUUUAAAUUGCAAAAAAAAUGGAACUACAGGCAAAUUUGACUGUAAUUUCAGUUACAACUCAAGUACUCUAACUUACAAUUGGAAUUGGAAACCACCUCUUGUAGAACCUGUUCUCCAAUCCCUCACCAUUCUCAAAUCCAUAAAAUUUGCCAGUAUAUAAUGUUAUUAUACUAUUUUCGCAAAAAUAUUUUAAAUAUAUAGAUUUAUUUGUAUAAUAAUGUAUAAUUAUUCAAUAUUAAAUAUAUUUUAUAA